CGAAGAACAAGGAUGGGAACGUGCAGCUUCAUUGGCUUUGGCAUUACCGUUCCAUGAUAUCUAUAACAUGUAUCCGAACUUGGGUCUAUAUUUAGGGUGGGCAACAUGUUCUGUUCCCAGCAGCAACUUGGUGAAUCCUUGAAGUUCAAUCCACGUCCUAACCGCGCCUCGCACCCGGGCGUCCGCAGCCGCCUGCCCAAGCACGCGCCUUUCUGCCUCAGCGCUCCGAACGCGGACGCGAACGCGUCAGCGCGCCGGGCCAAGGGUGGCGGUUUGAGAUUUGAUGGGUCGGCUGUGGGGCAUGGUCGACGGCCUCGGCCUCCAUGGCGUUGGCGCUGCUGAGUGCGCCGCGGAUUGUGAAGAGCACUUGUCGCAAGGUAGCUCGAUGGAAUAUGGCCAUGUCCCAGUUGGUGGACGUCAGAUCUUGGCAAGGCUCUUUGGCCAUGCUAGUGGCAAUGCCUGGCAUUCGAUUGCAGCCGGACCUGGUCACCUUCAACAUUUCCAUCAGUGCUUGCGUGCACGGGCUGCGGUGGCGAGGCGCUUUGGCCCUCUUGGAGAAUGGCACGGACCUGGUGGGUUGCAGCGCAGCCAUCACCUGCUGCACGCGUGCGAGGCAGAUGGAUCAAGCGGUGGAACUUUUGGAGCAGACUCGGAAGAUGCGGUUGGGUGUGGACUUGGUCCUGCUGGGAUCGCUUUUGAGCACUUGCGAGCGGAUGAACCAGUGGCGCCGCGCCUUGCACGUGCUUGAGACUGGACGGAGCGAGGGGUUCGACAUGAGCUUAGUGUGCUACCACCGGGUGGUGGCAGCUUGCAGCAACGCCUCACGUUGGAGUGUUGGACUGGAAGUCUUGAAGUCCCUCCCUUUGUGUGCGGAUCUUUUGACCUUCCACGCCGUGGUGGAGGCCUAUCAUUGCACCUCCGGCUGGAGGGGUGUCACAGAGGCGCUGCAGUUGGCGAUCGCAAGUCGCUUGCAACCCAGCUAUAGACUACACAUGAUCCAUAGUGACGCCACCUCUGUGGCACAGGCCUGGCAGUCAUUUGUGGCUGGGCAAGAGGGGUUUCGGAGAUUGGGCUCAAGGUUGGUGCGAAGGAAGCCCAAUCCUCCAAGUAAGAACUUCAUUUGGCACGAACAGGAUCCAGAUGAGGGGAAGCCACAUCGCUUGUCUGACGCCACCAGUCGACUUCGAACGCUGGGAUGCCUUCCCCCGGAUUUGGAGUGUGGUUUCUUGCAACGCGUGUUUCAGCCGUGCCUCGUGGACGCCCGCGCCUUGUUGGCCCAAGAGGGCGGCCACCGGCCUCGAGGGAACAUGCUGAGCCUGGCGGUGACAGGUUUGGGUGGCCUGGAGCGCGAGGCCGCAACCUUGCUCAAGUUCAAUGCCCCCUGGGCGAAGCGCAGAUAUUGAGCGCGAGCAAGAGCCGCGCUUGCGCCGCAAGCGCCCCGGACGAGGGCGCGCAGGGACGCGACGAAAAAA